AGCCCGGCUCUCUUAAUUGCCUUAUAACUCGUAUAUCAAGUACGGGUUUGCCUUGAUUUUGUGCCGGCUGAGUCGUGAGGAUCUCAGUAGUGAAACACUGUGAUAAAGUAAUAGCCGGGGCAUCGGCCCCGGCUACGCCGCGGUCAAUGUCGCUUGAUAGAUCUGUGAAUCAUAAACGACUUUCCGCUUCGCUUGCGGAAUGGACGUCUCACGCGAAUAGUUUCUUUGAGAGAUCGAGUGGACGCCCGCGUUCCGGGACGGAUUCUUCCGGCGACUCGUGGGUGUGUUCUCGUUCCCCCGUUCAACGCUCUAGUGUGUCGCCGAUCGGAAAUCCGGCUCAGUUUCUAAAAUCGGUCGAGUCUGAUAGUGUUAGUACCAUGGCACCUAGCAAGAAAAUGCUUAAGAAACUUAAAAAGAAAAAGCAGUUAGAGGAUGCCACCGGUUCGGCUGGUAGUAUGCCGAGCAACGAGUCGACCUCGGCUCUCGAAAGAUCUUUGUCUCAGUCAUCAAAUAUGUCCACCGAGGGUGAGCAACAACAGCAAUCUUCAGGUAAUAAAAGACCGCCCCCCGCGGAUUCAGACGAAGACGAAGUUAUUUAUGCGACGCAAGAACCAAACAAAGUUGAGAGCAGGUGCCACUACAAAAAGAAGAAGAAGAAGAAGAAGUAUAUCUCACUGACCUGCGCGAAGACUCAGUUUUUCGCUGAGUGGACCUAUUGGUUAUACUGUGGUCCUACGUUUAUACGUCUAUGUCUCUAUGUAAACCCGGCUUUAAGUGGAACGCACCCGAUGAUGUAUAUUGACUCUAUUGCAAAGUUCAGUGCUUACUCAAAUUAAAUAUGGCUUCUUGGACGCAAACAUGACUUGUUGAAAAUGAAUAAGAAUAAGCAAGUUGUCGUUGAUUCAGCUACGCGCAAGUUAUCCAC